AAUUUCAGGAACAAAAUGUGAAUAGAAGUGACAAAAAUUUCAAAUUACAGAACUUUUGAUGCAGGUACCAAUGGCUGUUUUGUCCAUUGAUUAUUUAAGUUCAUGGCAUGUGUUAGUCCAUAUCCUUUAUACUGUAGAGUUUGGAACUUCAAAGACAGUGAUUUUGUCAUCGAUACAAGCAGCAAUUUAGCCUGAACUUCCUACAUUAUUAUUCGGUUGUGAUAAUUUUGUUCACUGGGGAACAGGAAAUGUUCGUCAUUGAAAAAUCGGGAAUGGAUCUUGUCCCACUGGAGAAACUGUUCUUCAUAUCCCUGACCAUUCUCACUAAGGGUUUCAUAAUAUUUGGCGGUUCACUGGCAUACGUAUUCCAGUACAAAGAAAUUUAUGAACGGGAAGAUGCCAGUGGGUUUUCAUUGUUCGUCUGCUUAACGUUGCUCAUAGCGAAUAUACUUCGAAUUAUGUUUUGGUUUGGUAAGCGAUUUGAAUUGGCUCUUGUUGCUCAAAGCAUAGUAAUGUUGAUAUCAAUGAUACUGAUGUUGGAAAUAUCUGUGCGAACAAAUCGAAAGCAUGUAUACAAAACGCAACGGGCCUCUGCUUGGACUGGUCAACUGAUAAGUCAUUUUUGGCAAUGGAAUGAUCUCUCAAGUUAUUUCACCCUAAUAAUCGCUUUCAUUAUAUUUUCGUCUAUACUUACUUAUUUAUUGAGCAGGCAUAUUGUAUAUGUGGAAGUUCUUGGUCUAAUUGCUUUACUUUCGGAAGCUUGUCUGGGUUUCCCCCAGUUAAAACAAAAUUGCUCAAGGCGCUCUACGUCGGGAAUGAGUAUUAACAUGGUACUUGUGUGGUUAAUUGGAGACUGUGGUAAAACGGCUUAUUUUAUCUAUGGAAGUAGUCCGGCCCAGUUUUGGUUGUGUGGAAUAAUACAGAUCACAAUCGAUUUAUUAAUAAUGUUGCAAGUCUAUUGUUUCGACAAGAGAGCAACAAGAAGUCGAGUACAAUUGCCACAGAAUAGUGAUUGAAAUUAAUGUUAUUAGAGUGAAGUUAAGUUGUGCAGAUAUUGGGUUUUUAUAAUGUGAAUAUCAUGAAUUGGAUUUUUCCAGCAAAAUCAUUCGAGAGUCGAGCUCACAUCAUUUUAUAUCUUCGAGAGUAUUUGAAGAGGCGAGUAUUCGGCAAAUCUAGAUUCAUUUACCAUUGUAACUGAACCUUUACAUUUCGUACCCUUUUGUCCGCAGCUUCGAUCUGAUUUUUAAUUUACGAACUCGCAAUUAUAUUAAUCCAUUAUCUCUGUUUUAGCGUUUUCUUUUUUUUCUUUUCAAUGGCAAUGUUUGCUGUAUAACACGCCGAAUUUUUGAAACUCAAGCGUUCAUGAUAGGGAGAAAAUUGUAAUUCCUCCAAUAAUUUUUAAGUUUGACAGUUAACACUGGUGCAUUAUUUCUACUGUUUGUUUUUUUGCAUUUACUUUUACCCCCACCGCUUAUGGAUUCAUUGGGAUGAUAAGCAGAGUUCGAACGAUUAUAAUUGUCCCUCGGCAGUUAAAUUCCGAUUUUUAUGUGGAAAAAACAACACCGAUUUGUCAGAAUGCUAUUUUUUAUAUUAAGAGUUCGCUAUUAUAUCAUUUGUUUUCGUUCACUAUUUGCUACUCUUUGUUAAUUUCUUGCAGCUACUUUUUUACAAGUGAUCUCUUAAAGAUGCUUUGCUCGUCGCAUUCUUCAUCAUUUUUCAUGUCUUCAUUAUUUGCGGCAGUCAAAAAUUAAUGAUUAAUGUUAUAUAUAUAUUUACUCGGGCAUAUUAUCGAAGCUAAUCUGGAAAUGUUCUGGAACAGAGAGGCUAACAUUGUAUCUUGUUUGAAUUUUCC